AAGAAGACAGGCAAGUUGGUGAGCUUGAGCGAACAGAACUUAGUCGACUGUUCUGGGCCUGAGGGUAACGAAGGAUGCAAUGGUGGUCUUAUGGACCAAGCCUUCCAGUACAUCAUCGAUGCACAUGGCAUUGAUACAGAAGCAAGCUACCCUUACAAAGCAGUGGACCAACAAUGCCAUUUCAAAAAAUCUGAUGUAGGAGCUACCGUCACCGGCUACACCGAUGUCACCUCAGGAUCUGAGACGGCGCUACAGAAAGCUGUAGCCCAUGUGGGUCCUGUCUCAGUAGCUAUUGAUGCCAGUCAUAUGUCCUUCCAGCUUUAUCAGUCAGGAGUUUACAACGAGCCUGCAUGCAGCUCUUCCUUAUUGGAUCAUGGCGUUCUUGCAGUCGGUUAUGCAAGCACCAGUGACGGUACCGAUUACUGGAUUGUUAAGAACAGGUCACUGGGAGAGACUUGGGGGAUGAAAGGAUACCUGUGGAUGUCUCGUAACAAGAACAACCAAUGUGGUAUUGCUACUCAAGCUAGUUACCCUCUGGUGUAAUCUGCAUCCAAUCUCCUGAACUGUUUUGCAAGAACAUCUAUGCAUUUUCAAAAUCACUCAGUUAAACCGUAUACCCCACAUCUUCUUUUGGAGAAGAAUAUUAAAUCAACAGAUAUGAAUAUAAAGUAAUAUACCAAAAUCAGGAUACAUUGACGUGCGGCAUUUAUCCCUUUGAAUACUUCAAUUUGUUAACCAGAAUUCCUCAAGGUGCCUAAAGCGCGUAAAGGACACCAUUACUAUUCACGUUGCUAAGUUUGUGUUUUAAGAGGUUAUAUUCAUGGUAUCUUGUCAAUGAUAUCACAUGCUUAAUGCUUUCCUUUCUUAUUGCCCAUUUAUGGCUCUUUUUCUCGGGAAAAAUACAGUCGAACAAUAUAAUGAUAAUGAUAUUACAAUGAGAUGCCCUUCAACCCAUUUUUUAUAUAGUUUAUAUACAGUAGAGUGAUAUUUAUGAAAACUGUACAACUGCAAUGGAAAAGUAAUGGCUUGUCAAAACAGAUAUUUACUCAAGAAAUACAAUGUUGAUUUGAGUCAAUACAUGUAUAAUGAUAGAAACGAAAAGAGGAGAAGGCUAUACAUGUAUUACAAAAAGGCGUGACAGUCUUGUAUUGUUUUGUUUAACAGUGAUAAUCAUGAGAAGGUAUGCAAUUCAACGAGUGAUAUCACAGGCUCAAUUUUUCUGAUGUAUCUGUAUAAUUAUGUUUUAUAUCAUGACUUUCAAAUAACUGCAUUAUAUAAAUAGUUAAAAAGGAAUCUUUUCUUCUUAUCGCGAUUUAUUUCAAUAUUCUCCAGAGGCGACUAUGUUCAACAUUCUUUUAGCAUGAGAUUGACAUAUUCGAGUAAAGGGCCCUAAAAGAAAAGGGUUUUCUUUCAUGGGUUUUUAGAGAUUAUUUUUGUUCCAAUUCAUGAUUUUGAUGGAUACGAGCUUACAUUUUCUUCUCUGUCAUGUGAUUAAACAAGUCAGGAAAAUCAAAUAAAAAUUUGAAAUGAAUUUUCUCAUCUGA